UAGAAUUCAUUAAUUUUAUGUUGGUCAUUUUGCAAAUUGAAUUUACCAAACUUUUUCUUUCAAGUUUCCCGGAGCGACGGGAAGAGAAGCUGAAACAAAGAGGAAAUACCAAACCUUUACAAUCGGAUUUCGAAAAACCCUAAAUCAUCUAAAAGCUCGAGUGUUCAUCAAUUAACCUGCGAAUAUGAAGGGAAAUUUGUCGAUCGUCCGUCAGUUUUUGCAGCGCCGCUUCUCCACCCUCCGGUCGUCGUCGACACUCUCGUCGCGACCCUCCGCGUUGUCCAGUUCCGCCCAAUCGGCUAUUUUGGCCCCAAACUCGAUUCCUUCACAGAUCUAUAGAAACUCGUUGUUUUCUGCCUCCACCUUUGGCGCUUCCGUCGAGUUUAACAUCUCCAACACUUCCCUUCCCCGCCGGAGAAGCCUCUGUUCGGCACCGGGAGGUGAAAAUGGUGUUGUUAUAGUGAAAUCAGAGGAAGAGUUCAUCAAUGCAUUGAGCAAAGCUCAAGAUGGAUCUUUACCGUCAGUCUUCUAUUUCACUGCCGCCUGGUGUGGACCAUGCAGGUUUAUCGCCCCUGUAAUCGUGGAGCUCAGUAAACAGUAUCCUGAUGUAACAACGUAUAAAGUCGACAUUGAUGAGGGCGGUCUUUCAAACACUAUUAGCAAGUUGAAUAUCGCGGCUGUGCCAACACUGCAGUUCUUCAAAGAAGGCUCGAAGAAAGCCGAGGUCGUGGGUGCAGAUGUCACUAAGCUGAAGAAUCUCAUGGAACAGCUCUAUAAGUGAAGACCAAUCCAUUCUACAUAGCGACGUGUUGAAUAGUUGUCCAAAUUGGGAGCAUUUCAUUAAAAUGAAUUAUGUUUAAGCUCUAUCUAAUGAAAUUUAUUUUGAUAAAUCAAAAUCUUUGUUCAAAUUAUAAUAUUCUCCCAAUUUAUUUACCAGGCAGCUCUUAUUAUCAUUUUAA